CCAAGGGUAACCCUCCCACCUCGAAAUGGGGUAGCUUGUAAUCGACAAAACGUGGAACAGGGAAGAAGUGAAUCCAAUCACCAUGGGUGAAAUCAAAGAUUCGUUGUUGGAAUUAAAAGACUGGCUUUUGGAGCGAGUGUGUGACGAAAAUGAUAUCAUCGUGGACGAGAUCCAAGAAGAGUUUGGCAAGAUUCUCGCAGAACAAGAUGAGCUAUCUAGCAAUGCGCCUAAAGGCAGUCCAGAGUAUAUCGCCAACCAUGGGCAUCUCAAUUCAUCUUUGGGACAGUUGAGGGCCAAUGAGUGCAAGAGCCUCGUGGUGCUGAAAGAAAAACAAAAGAUUCACGAUGGAAUCCGAUCUUGCUGGUAUGGUGGUAAAGUGGAUGAUUUGGGUCGUCCACAUGGCGAAGGCAUGCUCAAGUAUGAGAACGAUGAAGUCUUCCAAGGAGUUUUUGACCAUGGGGUGCUGAAUCGGAAAGGUAAAUUAACUUCGCCUGGAGGAGUGACCAUUGAAGGAGAGUGGAAGGAUGGCCUUAUGCACGGAGAAAUGAGGAAAACCAACAUCAUUGGAGGUUGGAUCGAAGGCUAUUGGGACCAGGGGGUUCCAUUCGGAUUUCAGCGAGAGUUCGGCAGCAAAGAGUUCUAUGGUCGAAGAACUUUGAAGUUCUGUGGACGGUACUUUCGUGGCGUCCGAAGAGGUUUCUGCUGGAAAGGAUGCCUCGGGGGUGGUUUCAUUUGCGGCACUGUAGACGAACAUGGAGAGUUUACGGGCAAUGAUAUCGCUUUCAUUUAUCCGGACUUUCAUAAUGCCAUCAAGGGACAGUUCGAGAACGAGUUACUUAUCCAAGGACAAAUGUGCAGUCUGAGUUUCUGCGAUUUCGUAAACGGAAUAGCGAUUCCAUCGUUCACAGAAUCUAAUGGACCCGUGAUCUCGUAUGAGCAACCAUCACUCCGUCAGAUUGCUCGGAAUCCAUUGAUUCCUGAUCAUUGGGAAAAAUCCAUUGUCGAAGUUAAGGACUCUAAUCUUCCUCAAGGUGGCGAUGGCCUAUUUGCCAAGUGCCAUCUUCCCAAGAAAUCUUUAAUUUGCUUAUUCAACGGAAUCCGAAUGAAGCUCACGACCUACGCUGCCGAGCACAUGCCUCCUUCGGAUUAUCGUAUUCGAUUGAACGCGGAUAUUGACCUUGAUAUUCCGGAUGAUUGCGUUUCGUUAAAGAAAUAUUGCGCCACACUUGGACACAAGGCAAAUCACUCAUUAACGCCGAAUGCAGAAUGGUGCUUGGUGGAACACCCCCGUUUUGGACUCAUUCGAGGACUGAAUAGCCAACGUGAUAUUGCUGCGGGAGAAGAAAUUUUGGUCAAUUAUCAGAUGAACCUGGCCGAUGCACCGGAAUGGUAUCAAAAGGUGUGGCUGAAACAUCAGAGAGAACACAAGAAGAUGAAUGACCACUCGAUAAUGCGUUAUCUCGAACGAUAUUACGACGACACUGGCAAACGUGUCCAUCUGGAUAUCACCGAUGAUCACUUCUACGUCCCAAACCCAAUGGGAGUGACAUCUGUCGAGGUCUUAGAAGAGUUCCAGCAUGAAGAUAUUGAAGACGCUGUUGCGACCAAAGAGUCGUUAGCCGCUGCCGAAAAGCUCCUUAAAGUCAAGUUGGGUCAACAAAAUGGGACCCUUCCCUCGGCAAGGCUCAAACCCGAACUUGAUAUAGAAUAACGUCCUCUUUGUUUUACCUCGCGUCAUCCGUCCGUACUCUCAAGAAUGUGUUUGCCGACAGAUGAGCUCUUAAGCUUCGCCUUGAUUUGAGGUGAAGGCCAAGCUGUUCGUCAAAAUAUUGGCACAAGAUCAAACCCGAUUAGAUCACCUGUUUCGUCCCCUACCCCAAGAGCCGAGAGUUGUAAACACUGCCUUUUUGAGACAGGAACUGGAUCCAGUUUAAGAUCGGUCAUGGAUACCGAGGGAGUUAUAAAGCAAUGGCGUAAAUUACUGCCAAGACAUAGUGGAUUGAAGCAUGUGCUUGCUCUACAAGAGCGACAUCAGCAGCAUUUGGAUUGUUUAUUCGAUAUAGAUAACAGUGUUAUUGAGGUGGAUAUUAAGGAUUAUGAUGUUAAUUUUGAAGAUCUGGCGGCAAGCCCCAAUAAAUCCCUUGAACUUU